GAGGACCGAUUGACAAAAUAGUUAAAUAAAUAAUGAUCAAGUGAGUCGGUUGGGGAGGUUUGAAUGAUAACAGUCGGCAGGGACUGAAAAUAAACACCACCGUGGACGACGGCUUGUUCAGCUACGCAACCACCAGACACCGUUAAGUUCAAUGUCUGCUCUCCCGGAUGAGCUGUGGAGGCGAAUUCUAGAAAUCGGCGUUCAAAGCGGCAGUUUCAGCUACAAGGACCUCUGCCGUAUAUCAAUAUCCUCCGCGCGCCUCCGCCGCUUAUCCGACGAAGACUCUCUAUGGUCCCACCUCCUCUCCUCCGAUUUGCCUACUUCUUCUUCCUCGAUUACCUCCCCAAAUCCAUCAACCUCUAAAUCCCUCUACAAAAUCAGGUUUGAGAGAGAGAGGGAUAAGAAAAUGGCGGCGCAUCGGAGGGCGGUUUUGAGGAAGGAGAGUCAGGUUGUAGAACGGUCUAUGAAGCUCCGAGAGAUGGAGGCUCGAUUGGCCGAAGAGACUCAGAAAAUGCAAGCAACACUUACCGAGCUCUCAAAUUUGAGCAGGAUUAGGCAAGCUUCAGUUGCAUUGAAUGUGUGGCAGCCAGAGAUCGUCCGGGGUAGACAAAAACAAAUAGUGGAGCAAUGUGUAGUACCUGUUGAGUCUCGGUUCCAUUCCCUUGAAAUGGAGCUCAAGCUCUGCAAGCAGCACAUUUUAGGGUUGGAAAAGGCCCAUGUAAGUCUGACAGUGUUGCUUCACCUCGAACCUAUGAAAGAUGAGAAACGAAGGCUUGCUUUGGUGGAAGAAGAGCUGCAGUCAAUGAGAUAUCACCCUUUAAGAAAUCAUGAGCAUAUCGAUUGCGGGGACAUUGAAUAUAACAUCAAGAGAAAAAAGUUAAAAAGAUGUCAUGGUCAGGGGAGAAAACCUUAGAUGGGGGGAGGUUUCUUUCAUCAACAACACCACAGCAUGUCAACUGGCAUCAGGGACGCCAGGUUUCUUUCGAUGACUCCAUUGCGUACUGCUUGGCAGGCGACUGAACCAGUUGACAUCAGGGAUGCCCCUGAUGCCAGGGACGCCCUGAUGCCAACUGGUUCAUGGCUAAGUCAUCGAAAGAAACCUGGCGUCCCUGAUACCAGUUGGCAGUUGGCAGGUGGCAAUAAUAUUGCAAUUGGUUCAUGGCUAAGUUAUCUCGAUUCGUAUUCAAACAAGUUACCUGUGAUCACUGUUCUAAAAAGCAGCCUGGGCGGGUGCUCAGGCGCUAGGCGGAGAUCGGGCGUCCCAAUCAGGUCUUAGGCGUUUUGAUGAAAGCUUCGGUUAAAGAUUUGAUGAUAAUUUUUUUUGUAAAAUAAUUUUGGACCUUCUUAUAAAAUAACUUUGAAUACAUAUUUCAUUUUUUGUACUUAA